UGUAAAUACGACAGGUCAUUCUGAACUAUCCUCGAAAGCGUAUAGGUAUUGUAGAAUACCAACCUCGCGUCCCACGAAAAUAAGCCACCAACUUGGUUGUGAGAUACAAUAUAACUGCUUUAGCCAAUCAACAUCUCAAAUCGGGGUGCACCGUGCCCCUCGCGAUAUGCAUGUAGAAGAAAGUACUUAUUGAGACGCGUCGACGCGUUUGGUGGUGUUCCAACACGACAAGUCACAUCACAGAUUCACAAUUAUUAUCAAGAGAGAGACGAGAUGGCCAAGCGCAAGCGGCCAAGUUACUACGCAGUUCGAGUCGGCAGGAAGCCCGGCGUGUACGAGACCUGGGAGCAAUGUGAAGAGCAGGUCUCCAAGUUCUCAGGUGCCGUUUUUAAGGGUUUCGACACACGCGACGCCGCUCUAGCAUUUGUCGGCGAUGCCCUGGCUCCCCCCACCACCAGCCGUAUAGUCGAGGGGAGGAAUGAGGAUUUAGCGCAAGAUGAUAAUACCAUCGUGCCCUUGAGAGGCUCUCCGGGCCUUAUGAUGAGCGUCAAGGCUGAAGAAGAUGCCGAAGGGGGACUCAUGCCGCCGCCCGCAUCGCAGUCUUACUUUGACCAAUUCCCCAACUUCGUGCCCGACAACAAGGCGUCGUUCGACGAUGAAUUCGGUCGUCUGGCCUCCUCCCAGGACUUGGUGCCCGGGUCCCAGGAGUACAGGAGAGAGCGCACCAAGGCGAUUCGGGACGAGUUGAAAUUCCAUUACUCGUCUCAACAACCCGCCGACGCCGCAGCAGGGGGCCCCGGCCACCUACAGACCAUACCCGAACAGGCCAUACCCGAGCUUGGCAGCAAAAAAUCACUAGACGACAGCGAGAAGCUUGACAUCUACCAGAACAUGUGCCGGGAGAUCGGCGUCGAGCCGCGAGACACCAUCGGCGCGUGCAGACGCGAGCUGCAGGGGGUUUUAGUCAACAUCGUCGAUUAUAUCGAUGCCCGGCGCAUAGGGCAAAAGGUCAAGAUAUGGGCCUGGGACGACUUCCGCCUGUUCAGCGCGUAUUCUCUGCAGGACGACAAGCGUAUGGAUAGGAACGAAGCGAAGGCGGACGGGGGAUUCCUGUCGGCUCUCCUGCAGAGGAUAACGGGUCCUAGGCCGGGGAAGAGGGGGUUGGUUUCGCUGGGUGGUGGUAAUCGAAAUGGUAAAAGGAGACGGACUAGCUAGGUUAGAGAGGACUGGCUAUUAUAAGGUGUGUCCGUGUAGGUAUCUAUUAUUAUAUAGGUAGGUAGUUUAUUAGUUGGGUAGGUGAUGAUUCCUCUGCUAUGUAUUAACGAUGUGUUGGUUUAGGACACUGGUUAUGGACUACUUAAACAGGCGGGAAGCGUUUGGUCUAUACUCAGAAGGCGGGUAUAAGAGAAAUAAUUUUGUCUCGAUCUUUAAAAUAUAGUUAUUCAGCUUU